UUCCCGCCGCCUUCCUCCUCCCCGCAUGGUCGCCUCCCCCACUAUAAAUCGAGCAGCGCCACAGCCAAACCCAAGCAAAGCAAGCUAAGCAUCCGAUCCAUCAGCAACCAAGAUCUCAGUGAGUGAGUGAGAGUCACCGCGCAUUAUCGCCGAUUUCGAUGGGCAACUCGCUGGCGUUGCGGUGCGUCUGUGGCGGCGGCGCCGCGAGGAGGCCUCUGGUGAUCGGGCCGGAUGGGCGUCCGGUGUGCGUGGAGGAGGCGGCCACCGGAGCGGCCGAGCUGAUGAUCGAGGCGCCCGGGCACGUGGUCGCGCGCGCCGCGGACGCGGCGAAGGAGCGGCGGGUGCGGGCGAUGGCGGCCGACGAGCCGCUCCGCGCCGGCGAGGUGUACCUCCUCGUCCCCGCGAGCCGGGCCGGCGCGAGGCUCGGUGACCGGGAGGUGGAGGCCAUCGGCCGCCUCAUCGUCUCCGGCGGCGGCCGCAAGAAAGGGCGGAGCAAGCAGCCCGGCGGCAAGAGGAUCUUCCCGGAGGUCGUAGUGGACAUGAGCGCCGCGGAGGAAGACGAGAUGGGUACCCAGGUCCAGGCCCAGGCCCAGGCCCAUUGUCGUCGGUCCACACAGUGGAGGCCCGCCCUUGAUACCAUCUAUGAGGCGUGAAAACGUGUAAAUGAUUCUUUGUUGGAUUAGUGAGAUAGGAGAUUCUUUUGUUCAUUGAUUAGUUCAUUCAUUGGCCCCUUCAAUCUGUUGAACAGUUCAAGAUAGAAGGGGUCUUGUACAUGAAAAUUGUAGGGUUUUAGUAGAGUAUGUUCUCAGAGAUGUGACAUUAAUAAUCAUCUUGUUGAACAUAAUUAAUGGUGGAUGAUGAUGACCUACUAGUAAACUGGUUGACUGGCUCAAAAACAGUUGUGUGGUUGUUUGGAUCGCCCUUUCAGUUUAUUAAAUUAAGACAGGGAGAGAGAGAUUUUUGAGAUCAAGCUGAACGAGUUUAUUUAUAGUAAGAAAAGAAUAGGGAUCCGAUCUCUGAACCAUAAUCUCCUGCACCACAGCAAUUGUUUUACCGUGCGCUAGGCGCGGCAAGUCGCCACCGAGAUUGCUACCUGGCGAUUGAUCGCCCCUAUCGCCAGGGGCGAUCAGGAUUCGGUCCCCUCUUCCCUCCACCUGUUUUCCCUUUUUG